CGGAGCGGCCGCGACAGCGACAGCGACAGCACCAGCACAGCUCCGCAGCAACACCGCAGCGCUCACUGCACAGCAGCUACAGCCGAACUGACACCUAAACCUGCUGCUGCAAAACAGAAAUGGAAACCAUGCACGAGCUGAUCCCCUUCGCCAAAGAAAUGCUCAGCCAGAAGCCCAACAGGAAGAUGGUCAAGCUGUACAUGCUGGGCAGCGUGCUGGCGUUCUUUGGGGUGGUCAUCGGGCUGGUGGAGACCGUGUGCAGCCCCUUCAGCUCCCAGGGCAGGCUGGAGGAGGAGGAGGAGGACAAGAACAAGCCCGCGGCAGCCCGGGAGCAGCGGGUGCCGCAGAAACAGGAGGGUUUGGUGCUGGACAAGGGCAAAGCUCGGCCGGCGCUGCACAGGGCGCUGGUGACCCGGCACCACGCGUCCUGAGCCGGCCGCGCUCCGGACUCCGCCCGCGCAGCGCUUCCAGCGCGGACAGAAGGCUCGGCUGAAGGAGGCUGCACGUGUGAGACCCGCCGCCACUGAAGGGCUAUAUUUGCUGCUGUGCAGCAGUGGGAAAAAAUACCUUUUUGUUGGUAUAAACCUGUGCACCAUGCACAGUGUGGUUUCUUAUUUUUCUUACGGACGCAUUUUACACCAUUUUGCAAGAUCAAUAAAUAUUUUAUAUGGUA